UUAAUAUCUCUCGAAAUCGAUAUUGUAAAGUUAGAAAUCUUUUAUUGUUUUCCACGUACGAUUGUAUGAAAGAAUUUGUGUGGGUUAUUAUUGUGAAUCAAAGUUAAUCCGGCUUCGUAUUUAACUGAAGUUUUCUUCUGUAAUUUGUUAUUUAAAAGGAGAUUCGUGCCAAGUCUUCAUCUGAUUUGUCAAAUGCUCUCUUAGGCUUGACCUGUUUUCAUUUCGAGUGGUUGUUUUUUUUGAGUUAAAAAACACGCGCAUUGUGAUAGUUCAUAUUAGUUUUCUAAUGGCUUGACAUUGUUCAAAAGUAUAAAUCAGGUUUUAAUAAUAAUAAGAGACUGGGCCGGGUAUGAAUCAUCUCAAAGUUAGUUACAACCGAGUGUCUUUAAACAACGUUAAGAAAUUAUAAGUUUUAAAAAUUUGACGUUAUUGUCCUGCAUUACAGUUGCUGCUCAGCGAAAAAGCACUGAACGAAUAUAUAUUUUUGACUUGGUAUAGUGCCGCCGAAUAAACUGAGAGACGGACAGGUUCGAUUUGUUUAUGAUCUUCUUUUUUUUACCGAAAAAAAAUAGCAAAUUUUACAGUGGAACUAUUCAGCGACAAUCAGUAUAACAGCAGUUACACCGCAAGCACACCAAAUGCAUGGCAAAUAUUGACGUGAAAUAUCCGUCGUUUGAGUAUAAACCUCAGCUAGUAUUACGUAUAAUCAAUCCUUAUCCCAAAUCUGCCCUGGGUUCAUAAUAUUUUCAUUGCGUGACUACAUCUGUAGCAAUUACUAAAUGCUUUCUUUCUUAAGUCAACUCUCGUUCUUAAUGGCUGCAAUUAUUUACAUUAAUGUUGCAAUUAAAAUGUUUUCAACAAAAGACAUCUUUGCUUCCUGGUUUUUGUCUUUGAAAAUGCUACUUUCAGAGUGUGUGAAGACGUUUUGCGCGAGAGAUGUGUUUAUUGCGCGCAAAAAUGCCCAUAAUUACGACAAUAUAAUUAGACUAAAUAUAAAGACAGAAAAAUGCUGCAUGCAUAUACAACAGGCAUUUUUUAUAUAAAAGAAUCAGUUAUUCGCAAUGUGUUUCGCCUGCUCAAUUUUGCGCCUGAAGCUAUGUGGAAAGCAUGCAUCAAGUGUGGUAGAACCAUACUACCUAAAAUAGACAAACUUUAAAGCACUUCUCGACGUUUCGAGAUAAGAGCCUUUGUCAGAACUAGAAGAGUUAGUAUGUGUCAACCCACACACACAAGUUGUGAAGAUGUGGCAUUUGUUUACCUGCUCAUAACGUUACCCAAGUAACGUUUUUUAUAAAUCAGAAUUAUUGCAGUUUUAUCCGUUAUAUGAACGUCUUCAGUCCAUAAUCUACCUCUAAAGAAGAAGAAAAGCCAAUUAAGUUACUGUCAGCUUAUUUUUUCCUCGUUAACGACUGUAUUAAGAAUGAGACAUUGUCACACUAUCCAGACAUUGAUAUAAAACAUACAAGUAAAGUCUUUUGGAAGCACUCUUAAUUCUCUUGCAUGUGUGUGGUGAAAUCUGGCUGGAAGCAUGUUUAGGUUUCGGCUCGGUUUUAUUGUCAUUUUCUUAUAUAAUCCUCUUUAAAUGCAGACGUCUCACAGUCGAACGUCAUAUGUAAGCCAAUAGAAAAACAUAAUAACUCAAAUUUCCUGAAUUUAUUUUUUUAAAUGCACUCUAAAAGUAAAUCUCGGCUUGCGUUUUAAGUCAAUUGUCGCGUCACGAGCCUUGAAGGCAUUGAAGAUCAAACAUGGAGGAUAACGGUGACGUCUCCUGCACACUAUGGAUGAGGGAGAUCUUAAUAUGAGGGUGAUUGGGGUAUAUAUAUGGCUAUUCUUCAUAGGACACUAGGGGCUCCCCGCUACUUCUUAUCCCCAGUUUACUCGCCAAUAAUACAAAUUAAAAUUCAGCAAACUGGUCGCGCAAUUACGGACGAUGGAAUUAUUAAUAGCCACUUACAGACAGAAAUUUAAUUGUUAGAUUAUCGUUCCCAGCUGCAUGUUAAUUCUUACAAGAACUUAAGUGCAUGUCAGCUAGAUAUAAUAUUCAUUCAUUCUGAGGUCCCAAAUCCUUUGGAUUUUAUAUUGCGGACUGUACACUCACAGAGAAAGAAAAUGGGAGGAAUACAGGAUACAUUAAUACUGUUUAAGAUGACGCGACGUAAAAGCUUUUACCUGGCGUUCGGUCUGUUUUUACUGACAUUCCUAGCUCGUUCAUCGCUCUGUGUCAAGAAAAAUGUUACUAUACCAGUCCUUGCUCCUUUGAUGAACUUUAAUUCGGAUCGUUAUGCGUACGGAGUGGCUGCUAGAUAUGCGUUUGAAUUGAUAAAUAAACGAACUGACAUCUUGAAAGAUUAUCACCUUGUGCCAGAAAUACACGACACGAUUGGAAAUAUAGCGAAAGCUCUCCACGUUAUGCAUAAGAUUAUAGACGCUAGCAAAUGUGAAGGUGGACAUUCACUUCCCCCUGCAAUUAUCGGACCAAGUUUUUCAAAAACGUCAAUAGCAACUGCACGUUCUAUAACCUUCUUUUACAUCUUACAAUAUACUUAUGGAGCAACUUCACCUAUUUUGGACAGCCAUCAUGAUUUUCCAUUUCUGGUUCGAACUUUUCCUGGUACGUCAAUGUUCAGUGAAGGCCAUGCAGCGUUAAUGAAAAGAUUUGGAUGGAAAAGAGCUGGAAUUCUUUAUGACCAUCAUGAAGAAGAUGGUAUAUUUAAUAAGAUCACAGAGAAUUUGAUGGAGAAGUUACGAGCUCACAAUAUUACAGUGGCUGGGGUUGAAAGUGUUGACGCAGGAGCAUCUGAACAUAAAACAUCAGAUGCGGAAAUCAGAGAACGUUUAGAAAGAUUGAAGGCAGCAGAUAUAAAGAUAUACUUUGCUCAGUUCACCCAUGUUCGUGCCUACCGCAUUUUUUGCCAGGCGUUCAAAUUGGGUAUGUUUGGCAAGAACUAUGUGUGGAUUGUCCAUCCUCAAGUAGAAUCAGUAGAUAAAUGGAUUCGGUCUGAAAUAACUACCACAGGACUGAAUAGAGAAUGCUCGGAAAGUGAUUUUAAGUUGGUCAGUGAGAGAAUGUUCCAUUUCUACCAGCAAGAGUUUCGAAACGAUGACAAGAAAACGGAAUCUGGCUUGACUGCCGAAGAGUACAUAGACUACAUUGAGAAGCAUCGCUUGAGAAACGAAAAGACUUUUAUAUCAUCGUUUGAAGGCCAUGGUUAUAUUUUUGAUACAAUAUGGAACAUGGCUCUGACUCUAAACAAAUCUAUACCUGAACUGAAAAAACUUAAUAUCUCGUUGGAAAAGAUGCCUGCUUCAGGUUUGGGAUCGAUUGGGAUUUUGACGAAAACUGCUCAUAAUAUAGAAUUUGAAGGAAUCACGGGUAAAGUAAAACUCAAUCAGCCAAGAGGAAGGAUUGGCGUGCUAACUUUGUUUCAAAUAAGAGAUAAAAAGAGUCACAAAGUUGGUAGUUAUCAAGGUACUACAGGAAAACUGGAUGUGAUCAAGGACGAUGAAUAUUUGUGGAUAGAUGGCCAUGUACCAAGUGAUAGAUCACUAGAAAGAACUGCUAUUCUUAACAUUCCGAUUCCACUUUACCUUCCGUUGUGUCUGGUAGCUGGUCUUGGAAUUAUCUUGGCAAUUGGUGUUCUGAUUUUCAACAUUUAUCAUAGAAAUGAGAGAUAUAUCAGAAAAUCUGCUCCGUUGUUUAACAAUAUUAUAAUCGUUGGUAUAAUGAUGUGUCUAUCAACUGUUGCAUUCUUUGGGUUUCCUGUCGAACUGGGGGAUAAAGAUAAAUUCUUGUUGAUGUGCAAGCUGCGCACCUGGAUUCUUUGUAUUGGCUUUUCUCUGUCAUUUGGUUCAAUGUUUGUGAAAACCUGGAGAGUAUACAAAAUAUUCACAAACAGAAAGCUUAAAUAUUCGAUCGAGAGACUCAGCAACAUUAGUCUUAUUGGUAUGGUUGUGCUAAUUGUUGCACUUGAUAUCUUCAUCAUAUUACUUUGGCAAUUUAUUGAUCCUAUGGUGGUCAAAAUGCACAGCAUGCCGAAAGAGGUUGAUCCAGAUGAUCCUAAUUCUGUCCUUCUACCAGUAUUGUACACGUGUCAUUCUCCCAAUCAAGACAAAUGGGUGACUACAAUCUAUGUUAUAAAGGGUAUCUUAUUACUCUAUGGUUUGUUUCUUGCCUACGAGACAAGAAAUGUUCAAUUUGAACAUCUCAACGAUUCCCGAAUGAUUGGAGUAUGUGUGUACAAUUGUGGUGUGAUGAGUGUGCUUGGUGGAUUGCUGGGUGUAAUAUUGAAUGAAAGUUAUUAUAAGGAGAGCUAUGGAAUUACCGCAAUCUGCAUUAUAUUCCCGUCGCUUGGUACACUUUUCUUGAUAUUUCUCCCGAAGGGUAAGAGAUUGAUACUUGGCAUUGAUUUGACGCCAAAUGGAUACGCAAGGGUGGUGAGGUUUGUUAAACGAGACACACACGGCUCUGAGACGGAAACAACGGACGGAGUGGUUAUAGAGGGACCCGGAGCGAGGAAUAACUUUCAUUUAAGAAAAGACAGUGUCUGUAGUGAGGGUGUGACGUCAGUCUCGAGCAGUAUUCCUUGCACGAAUAAAAUGCCCAUCUAUGAAGAAAAUGGCCAGGCCGCUGUGUCGCCAACGAGCGGGAGUUACGCAAGUGAGUCCUCGGCCUAGCCUCGGGACAUCAUCGUAAAACAUUUCUGGAAUUGGAGUCUUUGGCGUAGCUCAGUUAGCUAGUUUCAGUAAAUCCCGCGAAGCUGUGAACGAUCAGUCCCAGUCAAUAUACGAGUUUUUUGACUUUUGACAUAGCCAUCGGUUCGUAUGGGACGGUAGUGUUUAUCGUCGGAAAAGAAAAGAUGCUCAAAUUCACAUUUUUCGAGUGUUCUCAUUUCUUUUCUCAUGCAAAAAUGUUUGCAAAACGAUAAAUCAAGAGAUACUCAAGUAUUUCUCUUUGAGAGAUCUGAACGGUAAAUACGACAAAUGAUACAAAGGCUCGUAAACAAAUGCUCAGUGCAUUUUAAUUGUGCAGAGGGCGAGUGAGAGGACAGUUAUUUCUUAGUUGUUAAUAGUGCAGAUACUUGACAUGGGGUCGAUCAAGUGUCAAGGGGACCUGAGAGCUCUUCAUUUGGGUGUGGUCCAGCUGAUCGAAUGGUCAGUAAAUUACAUGUAAAAACCCCGAAGAAAUUGUACAAAGGAUAAAUCGCUUGUAAUAAUAU